AUGGGGACGACACAGACGGAUGCGGUGGUGAAGGGCCUGAUCAGCGAUCUGUCAUAUUCUGUGGACCCAUACUAUACGGACGACAUAACCAACUAUUUGAUGCGAAGAAAGGGCGAUUUGUUUGGCUCGGACCUCAUCUCCCGUAACAUAGCCCGGGGCCGGGAUCACGGCAUUGCCUCCUAUGUUAAUUACCUUAACUUUUGUUUCGGUUUCGAAGUGCGCUCAUGGGAUGACUUAAAGCUGUUUAUACCCGAGAAUUACGUGAAUCUGUUCCGACAGUUGUAUAAGUCGUGGAGUGAUGUCGAUCUAUAUAUCGCUGGCAUAUCUGAGCGCCAUUUCCCCGACGCUGAUGUUGGGCCUACUUUUGCCUGUAUACUUGGUAUCCAAUAUUACCACAUUAAGCACGGGGACAGGUAUUACUACGAACAUGGGGGCCAAAGUGGUUCAUUUACAUUAGCUCAGCUCAAUAAUAUCCGACAGACGGCCAGUUUGGCGCGACUCGUAUGCCUGACCUCCGACUACAUAUCCAGUGCACAGCCCUAUGCCUUCUUCCCUGUGUCUCAGUAUAACCGACUGCUCUCUUGUAAGACAUAUCGGGAUUUCGACUAUUCGUUGUGGAAAGAGAGACCCAAUUAGAGACCC